AACAAACGUCAUCUGUCAUUACCGGUCUGUCACUUCGCUAUCUAACACGUCAUUUAACAACCGAAACAGGUCAAAAGUAACCGAAAUCAUAGUUUUUACAAAAAUGAAUUGGUUCGAAGGCGAAAUCGCCCAAGCAAUCGUUACAUCAAAAGCCAAACAAGCUAUUUUUGUAGUGUACGUUCACGGAAAAGAUGAAAAGUCAUCGCAAAUCACCGAAUUAAUCAACAACCCAGAGGUGGUGAAAAUUUUGGGAAGCGACAGCUUCGUGGCAAUUAAAAUUGAAGCAGAAUCUGUCCCGUAUCAGCAGUUUAGCCAAAUUUAUAAACAAGUUCCAGUACCGUCUGUAUAUUUUAUUGGUAAACAAGGGGUGCCACUUGAGAUUGUAAAAGAAGCAAGUGAUGUUAAAAGCUUUCAGGGCCAACUUAACCUAAUUUUGCAAAAGGGAGGUUUAUCUCCUAUUUCUGCACAAACACAAGAUUUCAUUAAAAGUGAGCAGGUUGCCGAACCAUCGGCUCCAGCUCCUGUCUCAGCUCCGGCACCUGAAAAUGUAGUUUGUGAUAAUGGCGUUUGUGUAAUUAAAAGGGAUGAAAAACCAUCCACUAGUCAGGAAACUCAGUCUGAAGACGCUACGUCUGUUGAAAACCAGGAGUUGUCAGUCGAGGAGAAAGUUGAGAGGGCAAAGCAGCUGGUUGAGAAGAAGAGGGAAGAAAAGAAAAAAGAGGAAAUGGAGAAAGAACGCCAACAAGAAAUCGAACGCCGCAAAAUGGGCCAAAACGUCCAGCAACUAAAACGUUGGCAAGACGACCAAGAACUCAAGCAAGUUUUAGAAGAACGCGAAAAAGAAAAGCGCGAAAGCCAGGCAGCUCGAGAACGAGUCCUAGCACAAAUAGCCCAAGAUAAGGCCGAACGAGCGGCUAAAUUUUCUCCACCUGCGGCACCCCAACCGGCUCCCGCAGCCCCAACACCACCGAGACCGGUGAACACCAACGUAGCGCGUUUACAGUUCCGAAUGCCCGAUGGUAAAACGUCCACUAACGACUUUCCGAGCACCGACACUCUGGAGAGCGUCCACAACUACAUAAAAGCCAGUUUGAAUCUGUCCUUCAGCACCUAUACCCUGUCGACGACAUUUCCAAGACGGGAGUUCACUGAUGACGACAAAACUCAGACUUUGUUGGAGCUGGGGUUGGUCCCGACCGCUGUUAUCUUGAUUUUGCCUAUAACCAGAGGCGCGGUUUCGACUAACACGGAGGGGGGUUGGACCGGGUUUAUCUGGUCGCUGUUUGCUCCGAUUUUCACGCUUUUGGGGUAUUUGAAGACGUUUGUUUUUGGGACGGGGCCGGCGCCGAAUCCUAGCGAGAAUCAGAACAAGAGAGCGGCGGAUGCGAGUAACGAACCGAGGUAGACUCAACCAAAAAUUCGUAGGGCUGGGGAGACUACUGUGAUUAGAAGGCAAGGGAAUGUUCAUCGUCUGUCAAAUAAGAAUGAUAGUGAUGAUGAAAAUAAUACUUGGAAUGGCAAUUCUACCCAGCAAAUGUAAUUUAUUUUAUUCUACUUAUAUAAAAUCAGUUUGCAAAUUUU